AUGCAAAGUAUCAAUCGGUUCUUGUACGGUCCAACGCCAGAAGAGAGGGUUCGUGCAUGGCAGGCCAAGUUACGAACAGAAAGCCGGCAUCUGGAUAGGGAAAUGAGGCAGCUAGAUACUGCUACGAAUAAGGCUCGACAGACCGUCAAACAACUAGCGAUGAAAGGAGAUGUCAAGUCUGCUCGUAUUUUAGCGAAGGAGGUCGUAAGAAGCGAGAAACAGAAGGACAGGCUCUCCGUCAGCAAAGCCAGGCUCGGUUCAAUAGGAACACAACUACAACAUCAGAUGGCCAUGGUCAAAGUGACUGGAUCGUUGGAGAAGUCAACGGAAAUCAUGAAGCUUUCAAAUUCUUUGAUCAAACUUCCGCAGAUCAGUCAAACCAUGAGGGAGAUGAGCAUGGAAAUGACGAAGGCAGGAAUCAUGGAGGAGAUGUUGGAAGAUACAUUGGAGAUGGACGACGACGAAGAGUUGGAAGAGGAAGCUGACGAAGAGGUAGACAAAGUUCUUUUCCAGCUCACGGAUGGGAAACUAGGCCAGGCGGGGACCGUCAGUACAGAACUUCCGUCUCUGGAGGACAAGAUGGAGGAAGAGGAGGCGGAGAGGACGUUGGAACGGUACCGGCAACAGCUCAAUGGGAUUUUGAGCAGUUGA